GGUUGGCUAUAAAAGAGCAGCACACUGCAGUUUGGGAGUCUGACUGACUGAAGAACUCAGAAUACUGUGAUCAAAUACAGCUCGAUCUGUUUAUUCCAACUUUGCGGGUUUUGUCAGACAACACAACUCAAUGUGUAAGGGGCUCUCCUCGCUGCCAUCAUCAUGCCUGGAGAAGGCAAAAGAGAUGCGGGUGAAGUUAAGCCACCUGGCUGAGACGCACCACAAGCACAAGAAUCACGAUGGAAAAGCUCUCCAGGACCUGGAAACUCUGCUAAACAACAAAAACGGUCUGCAGGCAUUUCGCAGCUUCCUGCGUUCGGAGUUCAGUGAGGAGAACCUGGAGUUCUGGCUGGCCUGUGAGGACUACAGGGUUUGUCCUUCCAACCUGCAGAAGACCAAGUCUGGCGACAUCUACAGCCAGUUUAUCAACCCUGAUGCUCCGCAGGAGGUAAACUUGGACGCUGAGACCCGGGAGACUCUGUUGAGUGCGACAGAGACUCCGUGCGCCGACACAUUCAACGAGGCCCAGCAGAGAAUCUACAACUUGAUGGCGAAAGACUCCUUCCCGAGGUUCCUGCGCUCCUCUCACUGCAUGGAGGCCAUUAAAGCUUUCUAAACACAUGUUUAUUAGCACAGACCUGCUUUAGACACGACUGCUGAUGAGUCUGUACUGCUUUUCAUGCUGCUUACCGAUUACUUUAACUACUAGCUUGUUUUGUGAUUUCUAUAUGCUGUCCUUGUGUACUGUUUGCAUGACGCAUGCUGUUAUUGUUAGGACGCCAAGUUGUGGAGAAAGUUAAAGUCUCACUUAGAAAACUCAAUUAUAUAACCUAAAUGUAGUUUCAACUACACAGACUGUACCAGAUGCCACCAACAUCCACACAAGAUUCCAAUAAAUACCUCAUAAAAGACAACC